AUGCCUCCCACGGUGGUUGCAACGAGCGACAAGAUGGACGAGAUCUCCUCCGUGGCCAAGGACUACUACGACUCCGACAACGCCUUCAACUUCUACCGGCAGGUUUGGGGCGGGGAGCACAUCCACGUGGGCCUGUACACCAGGCUUGAGGGAGAGGACGCGGAACUGAAGGGGGUGGACCGCAUCACCAAGGCCAGCUCCCUGUGUACCGAAGAGCUGCUCUCCCGGUGCUUCCCCGCUGGCGCCACCGCCACCAGCGAUGGUGAGGACGCGCCUCCCGCGUCGGAGUGCACGAUGAUGGACAUGGGCUCCGGGUAUGGGGGCACGGCGAGGGCGGCGGCCAAGACGCUCGGCUGCAAGGUCGUGUGCAUCAACGUUGCGAGCCGUGAGAACGAGAUCAACGCCGCCAUUACCAAAGACGCGGGACUGGAGGACAAGGUUAUUGUCCCCGGGGAGAAGUCGUUCUUCGAGACGGGCAUGCCGGAUGCCAGCUGCGACGUGGUGACCUCCCAGGACGCUCUCCUGCACGCGGGGUCGGAGCGGCACAGGGCCCUCGGAGAGGCUGCCCGCGUGCUCAAGCCCGGCGGGAGGAUGGUCUUCACGGACAUCAUGCAGUCCAAGGAAGCCGACCCCAAGGACCUUCAGGAGGUGUACCAACGCAUCCACCUGGACGAUAUGGCCACGCCCGAGUCCUACGCCAAGUGGGGCAAGGCCCACGGGCUCGAGUUCGUCGAGUUCGUCGACAUGACCGACAACCUCGCCUUGCACUACGGAGCGGUCCGGGAGGUGCUGGUGUCGCGGCGCGGCAACCUGGAUGGCGUGGAGGAUGGGUUCAUCGACAACAUGGCCAGGGGGCUCGACGCUUGGACCUCGGCGGCCGGGCGCGACCUCAUCCGAUGGGGAUGCCUGGUCUUUACGAAGCCGGAAAAGGCCUCAAACACCCAGAACGCGGCGAACGCCAUCGCGGCUACAGCGAAGGGGUACUACGACUCCGACAACGCCUUUAACUUCUACCGGCAGGUGUGGGGCGGGGAGCACAUCCACGUGGGCCUGUACAACAAGCUCGAGGGAGAGGACGCCAAGCUGGAGGGGGUGGACCGCAUCACCAAGGCCAGCUCCUUGGGAACCGAAGAGCUUCUCUCGCGGUGCUUCCCCGCAGGCGCCACCAGCAGCAGCAGCAGCGGCGAAGGGGCGCUUCCCGCUUCGGGGUGCACGAUGGUUGACAUGGGCUCCGGGUACGGGGGCACGGCGAGGGUGGCAGCCAAGACGCUCGGCUGCAAGGUGGUGUGCAUCAACGUCGCCUCCAGAGAGAACGGCGUCAACGCCGCGCUGAACAAAGCCGAGGGGCUCGAGGACAUGGUGAUCAUCCCCGGAGAGAAGUCGUUCUUCGAGACGGGCAUGCCGGACGCCAGCUGCGACGUGGUGACCUCCCAGGACGCUCUCCUGCACGCGGGGUCGGAGCGGCACAGGGCCCUCGGAGAGGCUGCCCGCGUGCUCAAGCCCGGCGGGAGGAUGGUCUUCACGGACAUCAUGCAGGCGGAGCACGCCAAGCCCGAGGACCUUCAGGAGGUGUACCAACGCAUCCAUCUGGACGACAUGGCCACGCCUCAGGCUUACGCCAAGUGGGGCGAGGCCCACGGGCUCGAGUUCGUCGAGUUCGUCGACAUGACGGCCAACAUCGAGACGCACUACGGGUCGGUCCGCGAUGUGCUGGUGUCGCGGCGCGGCAACCUGGAUGGCGUGGAGGAUGAUUUCAUCGACAACAUGGCCAGGGGACUCGACGCUUGGACGUCUGCGGCCGGGCGCGACCUCAUCCGCUGGGGAUACCUGGUCUUUACGAAGCCGCCGUGGGUUCAAGCCUCAAAGUGCGCGGAGGCGAUGGAUACCAAGCCUUAUGUACAAGGCUGGAACAUGAAUGGAAGAAGGGUCGUGUUCACACCGGGGUUGUUGGCCAUUUCAUAUGGUACAUGUUCGCUUUGUGUUGUUUGCGGUUCUCUUGAGUUUGCUCUAGUUGUUGCUCGGUUUCGGAGCGCGAGAGUCCACUGCUUUUGUUUUUCGGGACUUCCUAGGUGUUGA